AUGUCUACCCUCAGUGACCUCCUCAGUCGACAACCGCCCACGCCAUGGGAACAAUUCCUAGCUCAACCUUGUGUCUUCCUUGCGCAGAAGCUGUACACUUGGCAUCAAACCAUCCCCGCAAAACCACUCACAAAUCCUAUUACUAUCGUCUGCAUCUCCGAUACUCACAACCGUCAACCCAGCCUCCCCGAUGGAGACAUUCUCAUCCACUCUGGUGAUCUCACACAGCCUGGCUCAUUGAAGGAGCUCCAGGCAACACUCAACUGGUUACACGCCCAGCCCCAUCGCACCAAAAUAGUUGUUGCCGGUAAUCACGAUAUGUUACUCGACACAGCGCGCGAUGACUCAGAACAAGCUGUCUCUGAGCGGGCUCAGCUUGACUGGGGUGAAAUUGUUUAUCUAGAAAACGAGGAGACUACCGUGUCCUGCGCAAAUGGUCGCCAGCUUAGGAUUUAUGGAAGCCCUCUUACUCCGCGCUAUGGUAACUGGGCCUUCCAGUAUCCUCGCAAUCAAGACGUAUGGACUGGGUCGGUGCCUGACGGGAUUGAUAUGCUAAUCACUCAUGGUCCGCCACGUGCUCAUCUUGACUUGCUGAAUCUGGGCUGUGCCCACCUACUACGGGAGUUAUGGAGAGUCAAGCCUAGGUUACAUGUGUUUGGACAUGUUCAUGCGGGUGCAGGCACCGAAUGGAUCCUAUUCGAUAAGCUCCAGGAGGCGUUUGAGCGCACUGUCAUUGCUAAAGGGGGUAUUUGGAAUCUUAUUUCUACGAUUCGCGAGUCUCUCAAGGCGUGUUUCAAUCCGAGUGUGGAGGCAAAAUGUUUACUUGUGAAUUCGGCUAUUGUUGCAGGUUUGCGAGAUGAUGAACGGAGACGGCCCAUCAAGGUUAUCAUUUGA